CGGUCUGUUCCUGUUCUGUUUACUUCGAAAAUUUUCAGCUAGCGCCAAGCGACGCAAAUUAUAUUUUUUACCAAAUAAGUGGUUUUAAAGUUAAAUAGCUCUGCUUAAAAUAGCUUUAAACUGUCAAUAAAGUUUGCAGCGCCAUCAGAAAUAUGAAAGUUUUGCCUUGCGAAGCCAGAUGCGAUGACGAAACAACCGAUAACUAAUCCGGUGGAGGGUGAAACCAGCGGUGAGCCUGUGUUGAGUGGCUUUGAACACUUGAUUAAAGAGCUCAAGGCACAGAGUGCGGAAUUCAAAACCGAAGAAACAGUGCUCAUCGGAAAUUGCCCUCAGAAUGUUACCGAAGAAGAAAUAAAUACGUUCUUCUGUGGGUUUGCCACAAUUACUAAAUUGCGCCAAUUUACUCAGAAAUGUUUGACCACGAAGGUCUUCAUCGCCAAGUUUGACUCGGCUGAGUCGGCUUCCCGUUCGAAAGUGUUGAAUACGCUAUCUCUGAACGGUAAAAAGAUUUUGCUCCUUCAACCAGAUGAGAAGCAGUUUGUCGAUAAGAAGCGUGUCGUCGAGUUGAAUGGGUUGCAAGAGCACACGGAGGAGGUCAUCUACGACCACAUGACCACAUUUGGCAACGUUAGCUUCAUUCUGAAAAGCAGUACCGUUACGUACGUAGUGUUCGAAGAGCCCUCCGCGGUCGAGGCAAGUUGCCGGUGUGAUUAUCUGAACCAGUAUCCCGUUACCAUCCGUUCGGUGCUGGAUGGUGCCUCAAUCGAGACCUGUAUCUUGGAGCAAAUCGAUCAGAACAGCAGCCUACUGGUAGACGGAGAGGAAGAAGGUCAGAUAAACAAUUUUAUGCAGCUGUUGGACAUGGAGAACUUGGACGACUACUUGGAAGUGGACGAGAAGGAUCGAAGCGGUGGCUCGGAAAAGCCUCUGCUAGAGGUCGGAAACGAGGAGAUCAUCGUAACCGAAGAUGAAACCGGUGUAGACGACUACGUGGACGCGGGGGAGGCAGACGUCGCCGCGAUCGAGGAACGAGCUCUGCAGUCCCAGUCACUGGAAUCGUUCGGAACUGUUUUGGUGGAUGAUCGGACGAGAAGGCUGUUGAAACUCGAUGACAAUUUGUUGUGGCUAAAUAAUUUGCCUCAGUUGAGGGUGAAGGUUCGGAAGGUUAUCAAUAAAAAACCCAAGAACAAAACAAAAGGACCUAAAAAAUUCAGUGGAAGUGAUGAGGUGGUAAAAAAGAAAAAGAAUAAAAAGGAGAAACAUGAAGACAGAAAAGUUGUUGCAGCUACUACAGAAGAGAAGAUAAAAGCUGCAGAUCCAGUAAAGAUGGAAGCUAAGAAGGAGAAGAUCCAGAACGAGAGUGACAUAAAUAAGAAGAAAGAAGAUGCUAAUAAAGAUGUUCAAUUAGACAAAGCAAAAGAGAUAUCACCGGAAAAGCAUAUGAAGAAGCAAAAGAAGGAAAAACAAGCGUCAGUAGGACCUAAAAUAGAGAAUGUGAGUGAAACUAGUAAAGCAUGUGUACCAGAUGCAGUCUCUAAAAAGAAAGAGGUUACAACAGAUAGAGUCAAGGAAGAUUCGAAAGGCAUGGACAAGACUCAUAAGAAGAAAAAGGUGAAAAAGGAAGUUAAAAUCCAAAAUGCAGAUACUACGGUACCACAACAUGAUACCACACCCAGUGAAGUAGUCAUUGCUAAACAGGAUGAAGCAGUAAGGGAAAAGAAAAUCGAAGAAAGUUCGGAAAGCAUGGAUAAACAUCAGAAGAAAAAGAAGAAGAAACCGCAAAUGGAAGUAGGAAAAGCCGAGGUUCAAGUAGACAAAACCGAAGCUGUCGGAAAAGUCGAAGGUCAGAUAGAAAACGCCGAAGCUCCAGUAACAAAAUCUGAUACAAAACCCAGUGAGAUGUCCAGCCCUAAACAAGUACACGACAUGAGCGACCAAACGAAGAAACAACAAGAAGCUAACAAAAAAGUGUUUGUGCAGUUAAUAAAGUUAUCUGCGGCGCAAAUAAAUAGCUUGUCUACAAUCCGAAGACCGGCUAUCACUAGUCAAGUUGAAGAUGCUCCAGAUCAAACGGAGAAACAAUCGAAAAAGUUCAAGAAACCCGGCCCUAACAAAGCAGCCAUGAAGAAGCAUCUGGAGUCGAUGAAAGCGAGUGAGGAAACCGCUAAACAAUGCAUUAAACGUUCUCUGGAACAAUCGCCAUCCAAUCCCGAGACAUCGGAACAGGAAAACACAGUGCGAGAGAAGAGAUCUGAAUCGAGUUCACCCCAAAGGAAGAAGAAGCCGAAGCUUGAAAAAGCAGUUGAAAAUGAUUCAAGGAAUUCUUUGCCCACACCGGUUACAAAAGAGGAAAAAACACUAGAAGAGUCAGAAGUUAAACCAAAGGAAAAUAAGGAGACAAUUUCCAGUGGUCCUGAGCCGAUCACAGACGAAUCUAUGGUUUUACCGGAAUUACAAGACGCGAUCAGUGAGUCUGUUCCUGAUAUAUGCAAUACUGUCGAAAUAGAUCAAGUUGAUUCCGUUGUUGAUAUGGAGUCGGAAGAUGAACGCCCCUUAGUAAUUGAUGAGCCGCAUGAAGAAAUUGUCGCGACCCAAUGUAUUUCGUCCAAGGACGAAACUAAAUCCGAACGACUUUGCGUUGCAUUGGAUGCAAAGAGUGCACGUUUACUAAAGGGGAAAACGCAUGGCGAAGAUCUUCUGUUCUUGGACAUUUUACCCCGAACUGUGGUAAGAUUGAAACGUGUCGUCCCUUCGGACUUCAACGUGGUCCGGCCUAAGGAGCAUUCUAAGAAAUCCAGUGAACAUCACCCGAAAUCCCAACAUCAACAUAAAGAUGCUUCCGAGCAUCCAUCUGUCAAGAAGAAAGAAGAUAAGCCUGAAAAGCCUCGCAAAACCAAUCUGGAUAAAAUCGACAGCAAGUUCCUUCCGGCUAAUUCCAAAUUGAAAUCGAAGAUCAAGUCCAAAACAGAUAUAAAUCACAAGAAGCAUCUACCAGUUCCGGACUUACCGAUCGAGCUGAAAACUCAUCUCAAUACAAGCUUUAAAAUCCCGAAGAAAAAUUCAAACCAAGCUUCGGCAUCGAUCGAUCGUAAUGCGAGUGAAUUGAAUUGUCUUCACAAGGAACCAACCGAUCGGAAUGAUCAGCGAAAACGUUUCCAGAAAGAGCGUAAGCCAAGAGAGUUCAACAAAAAUCGUGGUGAGUGGAUACAGAAACGACCUGCAGAUAGUUCCGGUCCACCGCCGAAGGAACGCGAUCCUUCUCCCGUGGAUUAUUUCGACCCUUCGUUUGAUGACCAUUCUCCGUCGCCGCAGCGAAUUCCGCCAACACCGCCGCCACAGUCCGAUAAAACAACACCAGCAAACGCCCCUCCCAAGCCCACACCGCAGAACGAAAAUCGCAGAUUCGACGCACAAAAUCGGAAUAACAAUAAACCUUCUUUCCAAGACAUUUGGAACAUUCCGCAAAAGAAACCUGAAGUUUGGGCGCAGCCUCCCUGGGAUGCAAACAAAGCUACAUCAAAUACGAUCAGCUCCGGCGAUACAUGGGACUCUGGACCGCUGCGUGAGCACAAUUCAGGCAAUAGACAAUUUCAACCAGUCGAUAACCGAGCAACUUCCGACGGUCCUAGGUCACGCGAUCAACAGAAACAGGGAAAUACGCUUGGUGCUGGAGAAUCCUGGUCACCAGGUGGCCCCAGCGCACGGAAGCAAGUACAAACUAUCGAUCAUGGUGAGUCUUGGUCUCCCGGGCUCUCCAAUCGCGAUAACAAAGCACGAGAUUCGUUAGGUGAUCGCCCGGCUGGCAGAAGUAGGUCACCUCCACGUCAAGUUCAGCAGAACAUCUCCAUUUCUACUGGCGAUAUGUGGGAUGACGCUGAUUCUCGCCCUGUCUCACGUAAACAAUCGUCACCUGAGCGAAGUAUUUGCCAAAAUCGUAAUCGGAAUCCUCUUUUGUGCGAUCUCGCUGAAGACGAAGAUAACGAACCGACGGGUUUAGCAUCGCCUCCAUUCGAGCGUAGUCCUUCUUUGAAUAAUGAACCUGAUGAUCGUUCCCCAAUUGGACAACAGCGAAGUCGAUCGCGUUCGCCCGGGCGUCCGAGAUCACGAUCAUCAAUAAGGCAUAACCGUCCCGGGCCCGCUCUGACACCUGAUAGAAGAAACUUCAGACCAAGUUUUGAACGAUCACCAGUUCGUCGAAAAAGAAGUCGAUCACGAUCUCCAGACCAGCAAAGAAGACGAUCUCAGGAAAUAUGGAAUAAUCCCGGUGCAAACCGAUCGCCUGGACGAAGAGACAAUGUUCGGAACCGUUCGCCAGGAGGCGGAAGAUGGCGACGCAGUCGUAGUCGAUCACCCCCGAAUCGUCAAAGAGGACCGCCAUUCCGAGGUAGUUCUCCGGGUUGGGCUCCAUGUAGAUCACGCUCCCCAUCACGUGCCGAUCGUACUCUCUCACCUUCCGAAAUAUGGGAUUCGGGAAGGAGGUCUCCACGAAAUCAACGGUUAUCUCCGAAACGCGAUGUAACUCGAAAUACGAUAUUAUGUGAAAACACUUGGGAUGAUGAAAUUAUGCCUCGAUUGCAGGAUCGCCGUACGCUUGAUCAUAGGUUCCCACAAGGACAGAUAUCGCCGAAUCGUGAAAUAAGGCGCGGCACUAGUCGUGAUUGCGAUCGCUCACGAAGAGACUCUUCGUUUGAUAGGCCAUUGUUGCAUGAAGACAACAACAGAAGAAGGAGCCGUGACCGAUCACCUGAUCGCAGACAGCGAAGUCGUUCACCACCACCAGGAAGAUGGCAGCAUCGUAGGAGUAUGGAAAACUCGCCAGUUAGCAGAAGGCUCGAUAUCCGGCAAGGUAGUCCAAGUUAUAAAAACACAUUGGACUAUUGGAAGGCAGUAGAGGACCAGGAAAUGGGAAACAUGUCUCCAAACAGCCGCAUUUCAGAAAAAUGUGAAUCUCCUAUAAAAUCACCAGAACAGUGGUCACCUCGCGACAUUCUUGAGCCUGGCGAUAAAUCUUGGUCACCGCCUCCACCAAAAGUGUCAAAUGUGGAAAGGCGUAAUACAAGUCGUAUAGACUGUGAACAACUUUGGGCAAAUGAUCCUAGGCCAAAAUAUCAAGGUCAGCCUGUUGGAACUUACAGCCCGUCGAGUGCAUUGGACGCCAUAAGCUCAGAAGAUGAAUGUGACUUCAGCAAUACUCGAAGAGGCAAGAAAAAACGCUUUGAAACUAUUCCCCUCAACCUCCUCACACGCAACCACUCUCCGCAGAGCAAAGAAAAUGAGCUUUCAGUCGACAAAGUUUCAAGAUCCUAUGGAGACCCUGACGUUUCACGAGACUCAUUUGAUUCCAUUCCCUCGUACAAGGAUCUGGGUCUAUCCAAUUUCGAAAAGGAAGAAUCAACCACCGAUAAGGAACAGUUGGGAAAGACUGAUCCUGUACCUGAAAAUCAUUCUCCCAAUCCUGGCGCAAUGACGGAUGAGAGAAAGAAUGUUUUGGAUAAUUUGAAGCAACGGGCGGAAAGAUUAAAAAAGCUCGAAGAAAUGAAGCUUGCCAGACAGAAGCUUCUAGCGCAAAUCAAGCAUAAAAGUGCCCCUGAAAUCGAAUCAAAACAUGAAGAAAGCGGUUUGCAUCAUACAUCUGUCCAAAGCAAAGAGGAUAAAUCUAAGAAAACCAAACCCGAACCGCCGAAAAGUAUUCUUGAUAUUGUAUCUCCAGAAGUUCUCUUGGCUACGGUCAACUCUCUCUUGAGUAGUGUUGAUAACGUGUUUAAUAAGCCUUCUGUUUCGGAACCGGAAACAAAAUCCACCUUGCCGGAGCUGCCCUUGAUGCCGGUCUGCCCUCCGUUGCCAUCUGUUAUUGCUCCGCUAGUUCCACCACUUCCUGCAGAUGCGCCUCCUCCACCACCUCCGGAUGAACCUCCACCACCAGAACCGAACGUACUUGUUCCGCAUGCUUGGGAACCGACAACUUCCUUCAUUCCUAUGCUUCCUAUCGACGUCAGUCAACCACCUCCGCAGUUAAUUAACCCACUACUGCAACAACUGGAACCAUCACAACACGUCGAAGAAGAGACUCCAUUUAAAAUGUUUUCUGAAGUGCAAUCAACAGAAACUUCCAGAGCGCCCAAUACGCAAAUGCCACCACCUAGUUUCUUGGACAGAUUCCGUUCGGAAUCGAACCAGAGGCAUAACUUAAAUAGGCCUCAUGCAAAUAAUAUGUCGCCCAACUUAGAUGCGACGGAUGAAAACAUGCACAUGCAGGAGGGUAACUUCGAUUUUAGAGAGCGCGAAAUCCAGCAAAAUGACAAUCGUGAUCCACGACAACAGAACUGGCAACAGCAUCAACAGCGCUUUGGCGGCAACCAUGCUCAGCAGGAUCAGAACCAACAACAGCGUGACCCGCGGCAAAAUAAUGCUGGUAACCUUUAUGGCCGCAAUCGAGGAGGCCGAGGAGGUAGAUUCAAUCGGAAUCCUGGUAACAAUUUUAACAACCAAGGCAAUAGAUUCAACAACAACAACAACCCUGGUAACAAUUUCAAUAACAAUCGUCGCAACAAUUUCAACGAUAGCUUCGGUAAUGAUUCUGCGAACAAUUUUAACAACAAUCAAGGAAAUAGGUUCAACAAUAGCAAUCCGGGGAACAAUUUUAAUUUUAACAACAAUCGGAGAAAUAAUUUCAACGAUAAUUUCGGAAAUGACGAUGAUAAUAGCUUCAACGACAAUUUCAACAACUGCGAUUCUGGAAACAACUUCGACGACAACGGCGAUGACGGGAACAAUUUUGAUAACAAUUCUGGCAACAACUUCGAUGGCAAUUUCAACGAUGAUUCUGGCAACAACUUCAACAACAAUUUUGGAAAUAACAACUUUAAUAACCAAGGAAACCGCUUCCACAACAGCAAUCCACAGCAGCGGUUUAAUUUCCACCAGCGCAAUCAGCGGUUCAACAACAAUCGCUUCAAUAAUCAACAACAGCAGAACUUCAGGCAGCAAAUGAUGCAGCAACAGCAGCAGCAGCAGCAGAUGUUCGACGAAGGCUGCUUCGAUAUGAACGAGAUGGAUGAUGGCAACAACAAUGACGGUGGUGCCAAUUGGGAUGAUAUGGAAUGAAAUGGGUGAUUUAUCGAGGAACUGAUUUCGGUAUAACCGGAUGUUUGAACUUGGAAUAUUUCAAAUAAAGUUUAGCCCUUAGAAUGUUUAAGUUAUUGUAGAAUUACUAAGUAUAAGGAUAUGUAGCUUGAUUUAUCCUUUAUUUGAAAGAUCAAUAAAAAAAACUAUGUAUGUGUACAGAU